AAAUCCCUCAAAAAUAAACAAAAGCCAUAAAAAUGAAUCAACUACCAAAAACCGCCGGAAAUGGCCAUCCCAACACAGCGGCUGGGCUGCGCAGCCAACUUCCCUCCGCCACCGACAUUUUCUCCCGCAGCUGCGAAGCACAAAUCCAAUAGCUUAGCCUUAGCCUCGCUGAGAAGCGCCGCCGAUCAGGUGAAGCCGUUGAAGUGGGCGGUUAGGGUCGCCGAACAACAGCUCCAGCCAAAAUCGGAGGUGCAGCGGCUGGUGGAUUUCCUCUACGAGGACCUUCCCCACCUCUUCGAUGAUCAAGGAAUCGAUCCCUCCGCCUACGACAGCCGCGUCAAGUUCAGAGAUCCGAUUACGAAGCACGACACCAUCUCCGGCUACCUCUUCAACAUCACCAUGUUGAAGAAGCUUUUCAUCCCUAAUUUCCAUCUCCACUCCGUCAAGCAGACAGGGCCUUAUGAGAUAACUACGAGGUGGACUAUGGUGAUGAAGUUUGUACUCUUACCUUGGAAGCCCGAGCUGGUGUUCACUGGCACUUCUGUUAUGGGCAUUAACCCUGAAAACAUGAAGUUCUGCAGUCAUGUGGACUACUGGGAUUCCAUCAAGAACAAUGACUAUUUCUCCGUUGAAGGUUUAGUAGACGUGGCUAAGCAGCUUUGGAUUUACAAGACUCCGGACCUGGAAACGCCAAGAUAUCGCGUACUCAAAAGAACUGCAAACUAUGAGGUGAGAAAGUAUGAUCCGUUUAUAGUUGUUGAAACUAAUGGAGACAAGUUGUCUGGCUCGACCGGCUUCAAUUCAGUUGCUGGGUAUAUAUUUGGGAAGAAUUCUGCAGCAGAGAAGAUACCAAUGACAACACCUGUAUUUACUCAAGCACUAAACUCAGAAAUCUCCAAAGUAUCCAUUCAAAUAGUUCUUCCUUCAGACAAGGAUAUAAACAGUUUGCCAGCUCCAAAUGAAGCAGAAAUCAGUAUCCGGAAAGUCGAAGAAGGUAUAGCUGCAGUGUCGAAGUUCAGUGGAAAGCCAGACGAGGAUAUUGUUCGAGCAAAGGAAAAUAUCCUGAGACAAAAUCUUGUGAGCGACGGUCUCAGAGCUAAAGAGGGUUGUUUGUUAGCACGUUACAACGAUCCAGGGAGGACGUGGAGCUUUACAAUGAGGAAUGAAGUGCUAAUAUGGCUUGAAGAGUUUAUGCUGGACUGAAGAAGAGAAUCUUGAUUUUGCAUUGGCUUUGACAGGGAUUUUUCAUCUGGAUUUUUUGUGUAUUUGUGCUUAAAUGUAAUGUUAUAUCGAAACAUAUGUAGAGUUUUGAUA